UUUUUUUGGUCAAAAGAUGUGAUCUCUUAGUCUAGAAAAUGAUGAAAAGAAAGAUCCUAUGAUCUGGUCUAGAUAAGAGUGCUAGGGGCAAAAUGGGAAUAAAGCAGAAUAUAUAGAACACUCUUGAGCUUCUACUACUAAAGCAGUGUCGGCCAAAGAUCUUCGCACUCUGUUCUUGUCGUCUAUAGAGGAGACUUUGAAGAAAUGGCGAGAGGAGAGAAAAGUGAGAUGGUGAAGAUGUCAGUACUUAUGAUCGUGAUAACGUCAUCAAUGUUGAUGACGACUUCUAGAUCAGUCCAAAGAGCCCGUGACGUUGACAGCGAAGAUUCUGAGAUCGUACGAAGACAUCUACUCGCUAAUGGCCUAGGCGUCACUCCUCCCAUGGGGUGGAACAGCUGGAACCAUUUUAGCUGUAACAUAAAUGAGAAAGUCAUCAAAGAAACUGCUGAUGCUUUGGUUAGCACUGGCCUCUCUAAGCUCGGUUACAACUAUGUUAAUAUCGAUGAUUGCUGGGCUGAACUUGCUCGUGACCAAAAGGGAAACCUAGUGCCAAAGAAAUCAACUUUCCCUUCUGGCAUUAAAGCCCUUGCCGAUUACGUUCACAGCAAGGGCCUUAAGCUUGGGAUCUACUCUGAUGCAGGGUACACUAUUAUAGUUUCAUCGGUUUUGAGGAAUGAAUACACAUUGGACUCAAAUGAUUGUUUGGUUCUUCACAGGUACUUGACAUGCAGCAAAACCAUGCCGGGCUCUCUAGGCCAUGAGGAGCAAGAUGCCAAGACAUUUGCUGAAUGGGGAAUAGAUUACUUGAAGUAUGAUAACUGCAACACCGAUGGCUCUAGACCAACCGUCAGGUAUCCAGUUAUGACCAGAGCUCUGAUGAAAUCUGGCCGUCCCAUCUUUCACUCCUUAUGUGAAUGGGGGGACAUGCAUCCAGCUCUCUGGGGAUCUCCACUAGGCAACAGCUGGAGAACCACUAUUGACAUCAAUGAUAGUUGGCUUAGUAUGCUCGCCAAUGCAGACAUGAACGAAUUCUACGCUGAGCAUGCAAGGCCUGGUGGCUGGAACGAUCCUGAUAUGCUUGAAGUGGGAAAUGGAGGGAUGACUAAAGACGAGUACAUAGUCCAUUUCAGCAUAUGGGCAAUAUCCAAGGCUCCUCUUCUACUUGGUUGUGACAUAAGAAACAUGACUAAAGAAACUAUGGAGAUAGUGGCAAACAAGGAGGUUAUUGCUAUUAAUCAAGAUUCACAUGGUGUUCAGGCCAAGAAAGCUAGAAUGGAAGGUGAUAUCCAGAUUUGGGCAGGACCAUUGUCAGGUUACAGAGUAGCUUUGCUUCUGUUGAACCGUGGACCAACAAGAUUACCGAUUACUGCUUUUUGGGAUGAUAUUGAGAUCCCUCCAAAUAGCAUUGUUGAAGCUAGAGAUCUAUGGGAGCACAAGACAUUGAAGCAAAAGUUUGUAGGGAACUUGACGGCAACAGUUGAUUCACAUGCGUGUAAGUUGUAUGUUCUCAAACCUGUUGCCUGAGAUUAGAGGGUUUACCUUGUAAUAAAUAUCCAAUUGUUCUGUAGAAACAAUUAUCGGUUCCUUCAAUAAAAUUGUUCUACAUUUGAUUCAGUG